UGCUCCCUGGGGGCUGGAACUCUGUAAACAAACAUUAACUUUGGGAUAGACACUCUAUAUUUGUCUUCUACUCCUUCCAUUUUUACUGCAUCUACCAUUUGAUCAACAUGAAAUCAUCUCUGACUCUGCUGUGUCUGGUGGUAUGGGUGAAUGUGGAUGCUUCAUCAGCUCAGACUGAGUACUGUGGUAAGCCUGAGGGUGAAGGGAGGAGAAUGCUGCCGAUUCCUGAUCAAGAACGUUAUGAAAAUGGGGACCAAGUUGAGUAUGGAUGUCUUGCAACUUGUAAGAACGGCGAGUGGGAUAAGACCAUCAAGGGCAAAGAUUACUGUAGUAAACCUGAGGGUGCAGACACCAGAAUGCUGCUGAUUCCUGACCGAGAGAGAUAUGAAAAUGGGGACAAAAUAGAUUAUGGAUGCCUUAGCGGCCCAAACAAAGGCUCAAGAGGAAAAGCAACUUGCAAGAACGGAGAGUGGAGUAAGACAAUCGAGUGUCAAGCUCAGACUGAGCCCAAGGAUUUCUGUGGACCACCUCCACAUCUCAUGAACGGAGACACAAACGGCGGUACCAGAGAACGCUACAGAAAUGGAGAAUCAGUUCAAUAUGUCUGCCAGAAAUACUACAUCCUUGAUCCCCCUUCAGCGUACAAGACGUGUCAUGACGGGAUCUGGACACGACCGAUAACCUGUCUGAAACCCUGCACUGUGGAUGAAGAGCUGAUGAACACACAGAACAUCCAAUUUAAAUAUCCUCCGGAAGAUCAAACUAAAGUCUAUGCCACACAUGGGGAUCUUAUAACUUUUAAGUGUACUGGGCAUAGUAGACUGAGCCCAGUUAGUGUUGAUUUUCGUCAGCAGUGUAUAAACGGGGUCAUGAACUUGCCUUAUUGCCAAUAUUGGCUGGCUAAUAUGGGGCUAAGGAGAGCCAUGGCAGUACAGACAUACUCCCAAGAACUUUGGGAUAGACACUGUUUAUUUAUGUUCUACUCCUUCCAUUUUUACUGCAUCUACCAUUUGAUCAACAUGAAAUCAUCUCUGACUCUACUCUGUCUGGUGGUAUGGGUGAAUGUGGAUGCUUCAUCAGCUCAGACUGUGUGCAGUGGACCUCUUCCAAAUGUGCCCGAUGCCAGGGUCACUGAGGAAAGCAUCAAAAAUGAGUACAAAGAGGACGACAUUGUCCUUUUUUCCUGCAACUUUGGCUUUGUGCCAGCAGGCAGAAUAAGUUAUCAGUGUAAGAAGAAUAAGUGGGUGGCGGUCCGUCAGGGGAAAUGCAAGCCUAAACCAUGUGAGCUCCCUGAUGAAACUGCCAAUGGCCACUACAGCAUCCACGUUGGAAAUGACUUUGUCUUUGGAGCCACUAUCAAAUACACUUGCAAUGACGGUUAUCAGAUGGUGAGCAAAAUGGACAUCAGAACCUGUAUGGUGGCAGGAUGGAGCAACCACCUGCCCAUAUGUGAAGUGGUGAGUUGUGUCCCCGAGGCUACAGAUGGACGGGUGGUUGUGAGCGGUCUGCCAGAUGAUGAUGGUGUUAUACAGUACGGUCAUGAGCUCAAGUUCAGCUGCCCCAACCCAGCACACCAUCUGAAGGGAAACCCACAGGUAGUGUGUGCCGCGGGGGGGAUGUGGAACAACCAUUUCCCAACCUGUGAAGAUGUAACUUGUGAAGCUGCAGAGAAGAUUAAGAAUGUGAACGUGAUAGGAAUUCCCCAAAACAACAAUACCAUGAAGUAUGGACACAGGCUACAGUUUGAGUGCAGCAACUCUAAACACGUUCUGAAGGGGGAAUCAGAGGUCGUCUGCUCAACCAAUGGACAGUGGAGUCACUCCUUUCCAAUUUGUGAAGAGCCCAAGGAUUUCUGUGGACCACCUCCACAUCUCAUGAACGGAGACACAAAGGGCGGUAGAGAAAGUUACAGAAGCGGAGAAUCAGUUCAAUAUAUGUGCCAGAAAUACUACAUCCUUGAACCCCCUUCAGCGUACAAGACGUGUCAUGACGGGAUCUGGACACGACCGAUAACCUGUCUGAAACCCUGCACUGUGGACGAAGAGCUGAUGAACACACAGAACAUCCAAUUUAAAUAUCCUCCGGAAGAUCAAAAUAAACUCUAUGCCACACAUGGGGAUCAUAUCACUUUUAAGUGUACUGGUCAUAGUAGAAUGAGCCCAGUUAGUGUUGAUUUUCGCCAGCAGUGUAUAAACGGGGUCAUGAACUUGCCUUAUUGCCAAUAGUGGCUUCAGCUUACGGGAAGAGAAGGGCAAAGGCUUGUUGGACAAACAUGUCAAUGAAUAACCUGUCAAUAGUUUGCUCAAAUCAUUUGUUCUGGGGCUUUGCAUAAACUAAGGAACAUUGACUUCACAGGAGUUGUUUUUCAUGUCAGUCCGAACUUCAAUAAAGUACCUCUGGUUUUGAAUUCUCAA